AUGUCUGUGUAUCAUGACGUCGAGAAGGAGGGCUGUCGCACUUCAAUCGCCGAGGCUGACCAUGGCGACGAGACAGCCAGCUCUCGCUCCCGCAAGCGCAGUUACUCGGGCGAUUUCCGGCGCGAGUCCCCUGGUAGUGUGUAUAACAACCACAGCCGGCCUAAUAGCAUCCGAUCUGUCCGGCGAGAUCGCUCCGCCAGUCGUGAUCGGGAGUACAACUCCAGCAUUUCAUCUCAGCAUGUCAGGUCCUCGUUCGACAGUCGGGUCACGGAGAGUGAUCAGACGCCGUUGCCCAGAAAUGACCGACACACGAUGCAUCUCGAUCGCGACGACCCAGGCGAUUGGGCUGUAAACCAUCACCUUCCAAAUUUGAUUGCAAGGCUGGACGAGCCCGACACCAGUUUCAUUGCUUCUAAACUCAACUAUUUGAGCACAAAGAUCCGGGAGAUACAGUACGGCAGAAAAUUGGGAUCGACGCCGAUGUCUACCAGUUCCACAUCAGCAUCCGGUGAUGGAAUGCGAUUUCGGAUCAGCUUUGCUGAGGUGCAGCGGAUGCGAAUCCGUAAGCUUCAGUCCCAGCUGGUAAGACACGUUGUCAAAAUGCGUCUUAACGGGAGCGAGUCGCCAGGCUGGGAGCAGACACUUGAGCAGUACAUAAAAGCGCUGCAGGACCAUGACUAUAUGGAGAGCCGCUCCAAGUCUAUUCGGGACCCCUUCCUCGCCACAGGAGAGUACGGCGUGGAUAACUACGUUCUCAACUGCAACAUUGAUAGUGCCCUGGCCAAAGACAUAACAAAGCGUGUUGACUCCCUGAGACCGUGGGACGUUCGCCCCGCCGGUGCCAACGACCCAAUCACUGGCACGCGUGGAAGCAAUGUCGCGAAGACAUGGUAUCGUGGUUUCAAAGAGCGUAUUGUGAUUGCAGCAGCUGGAGGCGCCUUUCUCGUUGGACCCAUGUGGAUUAUGGUGUUGAAAAACGGGCUCUAUGCAUCGCUCAUCUCAACGACAGCUUUUGUUACUGCCUUUGGUAUACUGAUGGCUUACUUUCUCGACGAGGCCAAAGAUGUACUGGCUAGCACGGCAGCUUAUGCCGCUGUACUAGUUGUGUUUACGAAUGGGGUACAAGCUAUCUGCGGCUACUCGCGCCCUAUCGAUGGCAUUCUCCCCUUGGCGCGGCAGACCAAUGAGUCACGUCUCAACACCAUGACUAACCAUCAUCAAACCUCAACUACUUCAAGUCAACUUCUUCAAAGCGACUCCUUCAACACAUCAGCUUCUACAGCCAGUCAUCAAAUCACUACGAUGUCUUCUCCAGAGUAUGACAUCCUCGUCACAGGCUCCUCAGGCCACCUCGGCGCCGCCCUGAUGCUCUCUCUCCCUUCCCACGGCCAUACCCCCUUCGGCAUCGACAUCCUCCCCUCCUCAACCACAACCCGCACCCUCUCAAUCACAGACCGCGCCGCCCUCACAUCCGUCUUUACCUCCCACCCCUCCAUCAAACACAUAAUCCACGCUGCAACCCUGCACAAGCCCCACGUCGCCUCGCACCCAAAACAAGCCUUCAUCGACACAAACAUCACCGGCACCCUCGCCCUCCUCGAAACCUCCUCCGCCCACCUCCCAUCCCUCGAGUCCUUCAUCUUCAUCUCCACAACCUCAACCUACGGCUCCGCCCUCGCCCCGGCCCCCGGCUCCCCCGCCGCCUGGAUCACCGAACCCACCCCGCCCGUCCCCAAAAACAUCUACGGCGCCACCAAGACCGCCGCCGAGGACCUCGUCCGCCUGCACCACCUGCACACCGCCCUGCCCUGCCUCGUCCUGCGCACGUCGCGCUUCUUCCCCGAGGCCGACGACGACCCCGCCCGCCGCGCCGAGUUCCCCGCCGACGCGAACCUCAAGGUCUGCGAGCUCGCGCACCGCCGCCUCGACAUCGCCGACGCCGUCUCCGCCGUCGUCUGCGCCGUGCGCCGCGCCCGCGAGAUCGGGUUUGGAAAGUACAUCGUCUCGGCGCCGCCGCCGUUUGCUAAUGAUGCAGACACCCUCGCGCGGCUGAAUGCCGGUUCGGAUGCGGAAGGCGUGUAUAGAGGGUGCGUCCCCGCGGCGGGCGCCGUGUUUGAGAAGCUCGGAUGGAGGUUCCCGGACCGCGUCGACCGCGUGUACGACUCGGCCAGAGCGGUGCGCGAGCUCGGGUGGAGGCCCAAGUGGACGUUUGAAAAGGUCGUCGAGAGGCUUGCGCGCGGCGAGGACUGGAGGAGCGAGCUGACGCAUGUGGUCGGCAAGAGGGGGUAUCACGAUGUGCCGACGGGAGUGUACACGACAUGA